GGAUCCAAGUGCCAAGGGUAAGACCCCAUCAAAGCAGUGGAGGUCCAGACCAGCGGAUCUCAUUUCUUCCUUUGAAGGAUGUCCAUUUGGAUUCUCCCAUCCCCAGACUCAAGUUGGCUGAGAUAGGUGGAUCUCCAACUAGAUCUUCCCCAAGUCAGCCACCCAAAAAGAGACACUUGUCAGGCAGAUCUCUGUGAACUCGGAUACACACUGGACAAAGCAGACCAUCCUUUCCUCACCAGACUGGCUUCUCGAGAGAUGUAGUGUACUUCUCCAUCCUUCACAGCGCAUCCUACCAAGGAUCCUUUCCCCAUUAAAUAAUUAAAAAAAAAAAAAAGUAUAGCCAAAACCAAAGGCUAUCAACAAACUGAAGGUGUUUUGGGGUCACAAACUGACAUUUAAUCAUGGUGGAACAUUCAUCCUCCACACCGUAUGUUUCGGUGAUGGAUCAGUAUGGGUACCAAAUUGGCAAAGUGAUCGGGCAUGGCUCCUAUGGGACUGUCUACGAGGCUUAUUUUUCCAAGCAGAAGACGAUGGUGGCCAUCAAGAUUAUCUCCAAAAAAAAGGCCUCGGAGGAUUACCUCUCGAAAUUCCUACCAAGAGAAAUACAGGUGAUGAAAAGCCUGCGCCACAAGUAUGUGAUCAGUUUCUACCAGGCCAUCGAGACAACCUCCCGGCAUUAUAUCAUCAUGGAACUGGCUCCCUGCGGAGACGUCUUGGAGUGGAUCCAGAAGUCAGGCGCUUGCUCCGAGGCCCUGGCAGGGAAGUGGUUCUCCCAGAUGGCCCUGGGGAUUGCCUACCUGCAUGGCAAAGGCAUCGUGCACCGGGACCUGAAGCUGGAGAACCUCCUUCUCGACAAGCGCGAAAACAUAAAGAUCUCCGAUUUCGGUUUCUCCAAGAUGGUAUCGGCCCCGACGCAGCCGUCCCAGACCCCGUCCUACCGCAUGAUGAGCUGCUUCUCCCACCUGAGCCAGACCUACUGCGGCAGCUUUGCCUACGCUUGCCCCGAGAUCCUCCUGGGGCUGCCCUACAACCCCUUCCUCUCAGACAUCUGGAGCAUGGGGGUCAUCCUCUACACCUUGGUGGUAGCCCACUUGCCCUUCGACGACACCAACCUGAAGAAGCUACUCCGCGAGACCCAGAAGGAGGUGACCUUCCCCAGCCACCUCCAGAUCAGUGAGGAAAUUAAGGACUUGAUCCACCGUAUCCUACGCCCGGCUUCAAAGCGGCUCAACAUUCUGGAAGUCCUCAAGGUCCCUUGGGUUCUCAAGUUCUUGGCAGAGAAGCCCACCACCGAAAUGAAGGCCCUGGAAGCCAUCUGUGGCCCUAGGUCCACUGAAGGUGGGAAGAACCUCACCCCCAGCACCAAGUCGCGCUCCCUGACUUUCACCCCAGAUAAAAAAAAGGCUGCUAGCCGGACCCGCAGCACCGGACAACUAAAAGGCUCCAAGAACGCAGAAAAAAGUAGCUGAGACCCAUUAAAAAGACUCUUUAAAAAGCAAAGGUGUGGCGAUCCAAGUGUUCUGGACUGACUGCUCACCUUCAAUGGCCGACCUUUUGUUUUUAUUAGUUGGGGAAGUGGACAAGUAAGGAAAACAAAAACACAACACAGCCCAAAAUGAGGGGAUGGGGAACCCAGAGAAAAGUAAUGUGAGAUAAUGUAUCUGCCUGAGUAUUCACUUUUAUCUGGAGGUAGCAGGAAUAAGGUUUGGGACAUCAAAUCUUCUGGCCUUAUGGAAGAAGCAAGCCAAACUGGGAGGAAAAUGCCUUUUCCAAAGUCAGGUUUUGGCUGCCAGGGAGAAAACGUUCUCUCCUCGCACUGCUGGCUUCAUGCAUUUGUUGAACCAAAAAUAAAAUUUGUGAU